AUGUAUUUCGUGAUGAUGGCAAUAAUUACUGAUAAAUAAAUAAUAACUAAUAAUUAGUGAUAACUGAUAAGUUUUCAAAAGAUAUCAAUUAUAUUUUUAUUACAAUAAAUUGUAGGACUUGGGUUUAAUGGUUAUUCGUAUUUCUAAAAUCAUUAAUACAUCAGAACAAACAAAAAAAAAUUUAUAUCAAUAUCAAGGUCUAAAAACUAGAAAAAAAAUGUUACAAAAAGAUGUGAAAUUGGAUAACACAAGCAAAACAUGGGUUUUAAAGAAACAUAUCGAUUUUUUACAAUCAUUUGGCAAAGAAAGACAUCAAUAUGAAAGUAGUAUGAUGGAAUUUCUUCGUAUGUCUGGUAUGUACUGGGGUUUAACUGCAUUAUAUCUAAUCAAUGAUGGAAAAAUACCAAAAGAAGAUGAAAUAUUUGAAUAUAUUAAAAGUUGUGAACAUAGUUGCGGUGGAUAUUCACCAGCCCCUGGUCAUGAUCCACAUUUAUUGUAUACACUCAGUGCGGUUCAAAUUGCUUGUUUGCUUAAUCGAGAAUUGGAAUUACCAAUUGAAAAGAUUGUGUUGUAUGUAUCUAAACUUCAACAAGAUGAUGGCAGUUUUACUGGAGAUAAAUGGGGAGAAAUAGAUACCCGUUAUUCAUUUUGUGCAUUAGCAUGUUUAUCACUUUUAGGUAAACUAAAUGAGAUUAAUUUAGUUAAAGCCGUAGAGUUUAUAAAAAGCUGCCAAAAUUUUGAUGGAGGUUUCGGAUCACGACCCGGAGCUGAAAGUCAUGGCGGCUUAAUCUAUUGUUGUGUUGGAUCAUUAUCUAUUGCUGGACGAUUAGAUUUAGUUGAUGCUGACACAUUGGGCUGGUGGUUAGCUGAAAGGCAAUUACCAUCUGGCGGACUAAAUGGACGCCCUGAAAAAUUACCAGACGUUUGUUAUUCAUGGUGGGUGUUUUCAACAUUAAACAUUUUAGGACGUGACCAUUGGAUUGAUAAAGAAGAAUUAAAAACUUUUAUUUUAGCAUCUCAAGAUAAUGAAGGAGGUGGAUUCAGUGAUCGUCCUGGAGAUGAACCAGAUCCUUUUCAUACUCUUUUUGGUCUUGCAGCAUUAUCACUAAUGUCAUAUGAUAAAAUUUUACCAAUAGACCCUACUUAUUGCAUGCCAAAAGCAGUUAUUAACCGACUGGGAUUAAAACCUCAAAUUUUGUCCCGACCUUAAAACGUAAGGAUUUUUAUGGAAUUCAAGUUUAUUAUUUUAUUUAAUAUUUUAUUAAUUAUAUUAUGCACAAAUUUAUAAAAAUUAAUAUCUUGUAGAUUCUGAAAUAGAUAUAUUAUAUUGUAAUAUUUUCUUCCUGUUCUAUUCUGUAUUUCUUCUGCAUUAUAUUUUAGUACUAAGUUUU